GCAGGUAGCUAGGUGAUAUUGAAUCCCACUCCGGCCUGGCCUGGCCUUUAGAUAGAUCGAGAUCGAUCGAGUAAUAUAAGAUGGCAGGAAACCAAGUGGUUGCUGUGGAUAUACGGGAUGGCGAAAGGUCAAAUCCUGAUAUGUCUUCUUCUGAUGCAGGAUGCGGCGGCUUCGGUUUAACCCUCCCUUUUUUCCAAAAGUUGAUUGCAGAGAUACUUGGGACAUACUUCUUGAUGUUCGCUGGCUGCGGCUCGGCGGUGGUCAACGCCGAGAAGGGCAGCGUGACGUUUCCGGGGGUGGCCAUAGUGUGGGGGCUGGCGGUGGUGGUGAUGGUAUACUCCGUCGGACACAUCUCCGGCGCGCAUUUGAACCCUGCCGUUACCAUUGCUUUUGCAAGCUGCAAGAGGUUCCCCUUCCAACAGGUGCCUGCGUAUAUAUCAGCACAGAUGAUUGGAGCAACUUUAGCAAGUGGAACCCUGCGAUUGUUAUUCAACGGCAAACAUGAUCAUUUCGCCGGCACACUUCCGACGGGGUCCGAUCUGCAAUCCCUAGUCAUUGAGUUCAUCAUCACAUUCUAUCUCAUGUUCGUCAUUUCCGGCGUCGCCACCGAUAAUCGAGCUAUUGGAGAACUUGCUGGCCUUGCAAUCGGAGCUACCAUCUUACUUAAUGUCAUGUUUGCUGGUGCAGGCCGAUAACAGGGGCUUCAAUGAACCCGGCAAGGAGCUUGGGGCCAGCAAUAGUGUGGCAGCAGUACAAAGGGAUUUGGAUAUACUUGGUGGGGCCAACGGCAGGGGCCAUAUCGGGGGCUUGGGUGUACAAUGUGAUCCGCUUCACAGAUAAACCCCUGCGUGAGAUCACCAAAAGUGCCUCUUUUCUUAGGACCAAAGGUUCCAGCCGCACCUAGUUUUUUUUAAUUAGCUAGUUGUGUUUCAUUCAACUCGAUCGUACCAGCAGCAUUAAUUAGCAGCAACAUGUUUUGAUUGAUAUUAAGUUAUCUUGUCCCGGCCUCCCUUCACGCCUUUACUUUCUUUUCUAUUCAUGAGAUGAGAUGAGAGCCUGGCCGGCGUAGCUAGUCCUUUCCUUUUAACGUUUAUGUAAAUUGUAUCAGUGCAUCCAUCUCCCUCCCUCUAAUUACAACGUAACGUUUAAUUAAACACUUUCCUCUGCCAUCUCAUAUAUGACAUGACAUUAAUUAGCAUUAGCAACAUUUACC